AUGGGCAACCGCUUCGACGACAAUCGGCUCACGUUGCGGAUCCAUCGCGGGCGUGGUUCAACCAGCGCCCCACAUCACGAGUCACCACACAGCAACGGCAGCACGCACAGCACGACGACCAGCAUCGGCAGCGCGUCGCCGGAGCGGCUGUCGCGUUACUCGACCCGCGGUAAAUUAGCCGCCCACGGGCCAGCCGCCCACCCAGCUCACCACGAGAAGAUCAAGAUCUCGGUGUCGUACCCAUCGACCGAGAACGUGGCGCAGGGCUGUGGCUCACCGGGGGCCCUUGGGCAUGCCGAGUCCUCGCUCGGACCGUCUGGGCCGCCGGUGGCGGCUGCGUCGGCGGCAGCCGCCGCCGCCAUGGUCGCAUCGGCCGCUUCCGGCGGCUCAGCCGCCUCGUCGUCGCUGGGCGCAGCCGCCGGUACGAAGCUGCUGUACGCCUACCUGACGGUGUCGGAGCAGCAACACCGCGAACGAGGCAGUCUGCUUUCACCGCGCGCCAGUAAACGGAUGGGCAAGCGCAACAUCAAGGCCCAGGUGAAACGCUUCCGUAUGGAGACGAAGGCGGCCAAAACCCUCGCGAUCAUCGUCGGCCUGUUCGUGCUGUGCUGGUUGCCGUUCUUCACCAUGUACCUGGUGCGGCCCUUCUGCGAUGAUUGCAUCAACGAGCUGCUCUUCUCGAUCGUCUUCUGGAUCGGCUACUGCAACUCCGCCAUCAACCCGAUGAUCUACGCGCUCUUCUCCAAGGACUUCCGGUUCGCGUUCAAGCGCAUCAUCUGCCGCUGUUUCUGCUCGGGCGGCCGUUUCCCGGGUGCAGUUGGCAGCCGCCGAGGCUCGGAUAUGUCACAGAUGCGCGCACAUGGCUGCCGUACGCCCAGCAUCUCGCCGAGUGCCGCGGCACAGUCGUUGUGCGAUGACAGCGACCCUGUCGGCGGUGACCUGUCCGACUCCAGAUGA